CCUGCCGAAAUUCUCACGUACCGAUUUGAUUCGGAAAUGGUUUACGUUGCGCCUACACGAGACUUCGAGGAAGCAUUGAAUUAUGCACAAUCAGCCUUUCCACGGCUUCCCAACGUACCACGUUCUCGAAUUGCUCUCUCUGUGAACGUUCGCGUAAACGGGAUUCUACAAUCAGUUCGAAUCGCACCAAUGGCUUGGCCACGGGUUAUCCGUUCGUUGGCAACCUAUGAAAUUGUCGAUAUCUCCGUCCUCCCA